UUUUUCAUUAUAAUUAGCAGUUACGACUAGCCCGUUGAAGAUUUCGUGUGGUUCUUCUGUGUGAUAUUUAUACAGUGCAUCUUUUCGUGGAUUUUCUCUUUUAAAGCUCGUGACGUUCCUUUUGGGGCAAGAUGAGUAUCGUGGAAAAGAUCGCCCAAAUCGAGGCCGAGAUGGCUCGUACGCAGCGCAACAAAGCGACUGCGGGACACUUGGGACUUCUCAAAGCUCGUCUAGCAAAGCUGCGUCGUGAGCUCAUCACCCCAAAAGGGGGUGGCGGAGGUACUGGAGAAGGCUUCGACGUUGCUAAAACCGGAGACGCUAGAGUGGGCUUUGUUGGAUUUCCGUCCGUGGGAAAAUCAACACUUCUUAGCAACCUAGCCGGUGUGUACUCUGAAGUGGCUGCUUACGAAUUUACCACACUGACGACUGUUCCGGGAUGCAUUAAGUACAAGGGAGCCAAAAUUCAACUGUUGGAUCUUCCUGGAAUCAUUGAAGGCGCCAAGGAUGGCAAAGGCAGAGGUCGACAAGUAAUAGCUGUAGCCCGGACUUGCAGUCUCAUUUUCAUAGUUCUGGACGUGCUGAAGCCCUUGGGCCACAAGAAAAUCAUCGAACGAGAACUCGAAGGCUAUGGGAUCCGAUUGAACAAAGAUCCCCCCAACAUCGUGUAUCGACGCAAGGACAAAGGUGGGAUCAACUUGCAGACCAUCGGUACGCAAAGCGAGCUUGACCUGGACCUCGUCAAGUCCAUCUUGUCGGAAUACAAGAUCCACAAUGCGGACAUUACGCUGAGAUACGACGCCACUGCUGAUGACUUGAUCGACGUGAUUGAAGGCAACCGAAUCUACAUCCCGUGCAUUUACUUGCUCAACAAGAUUGAUCAGAUCACCGUCGAGGAGUUGGACAUCAUCUAUCGCAUCCCGCAUUGUGUCCCGAUUUCCGCGCAUCACAGGUGGAACUUUGACGACCUGCUUGAAAAGUUGUGGGAUUAUCUCCAGUUGCUGCGAAUUUACACGAAGCCCAAAGGACAACUUCCUGACUACGAAUCCCCCGUCGUGUUGCAGUCUGGGUUGAGAACAGUGGAGCAUUUUUGUGAUAAGCUGCACAGGACCAUCAUGAAGGAGUUCAAAUAUGCUUUGGUCUGGGGUUCUUCAGUGAAGCAUCAGCCGCAGAAGGUGGGAAAGGACCACGUGGUAAUGAACUGUGUCCGAGUGAAGCUGAGGCAUUUUUUUGUAAUAGCUCGUGUGAAAAAUGUCGCGAAUCGUUCGCUUUCUUCCGAAGCUGAUGCCCUGUUGUCACCGCGUCAGUUCACUAAAGAUGUGUUGCUAUUCAAGUACGAGAAUCCGCGCUACUACAAGAUGCUGACGAUUUUUGGAACGUCUCAGUUUAUCUUUUGGAGCGCUUUGUCUUUCUUUAACUGGACGUCUCCAUCUGAUGAGAAGCAAAACGAAGAAGUGCAGGUGGACGACGAAUUUCUAGAGAAAUUGAGGGAAAACUUUCUCUUGAAAUUCGCUUCGAAGUUUUCGGAUUACCGGGCUUUGAGUGGUCUCUAUUUUGCACUUGGGUAUGGUUGUUUGUUGGUGACGUGGUUGAUGGCCUUACGGUCGGUACGGAUGCUGGUAUUGCGAAAAGGGGGUAUGGAUGUGACAUUCGUGACGUAUGCGCCGUUCGGCUCGUCACGUAUGGUGACAGUGCCGUUGGCGACAGUGUCGUGUGCUCGUCAUCGAGGCGCUUUUCGAAGCCAAAUGCCAGUGAAAGUGUUCGGAAGAAUGUUUCAUUUUACGCUCGACAAACGCGGAAGCUUUGUGAGGCCGGAUUUGUUUGACGUCACGAGAAUUGAAAACAUGGCUGAAAAGCCGGUGUGCACGUUUGUUAAGCGGAAACGUUUAGGAGGUGGAAUGCGGAAGGCGAAGGAAUCGAGUGAAGGAAGCAGCAGUGAUGAAAAAGAACCUACGGUUAUUCGAGUUGAACGGAAACGGAGAGAGAAUCCUUUAAUCCAGGGUACGUCUGGAAUUCGUAGUAAAAAGAAGAGGGAAAAAGGCGAGUCGAGUGACUCUGACCGAGAAGACGUGGGGGUUUCGUAUAAGGCCAAUUUUCAGGCCCGCGAAGGUCCGUCAGACAUGGGCGCCACUGCGACAUUCGAGCUCGACACGGCGCACGACAGGGAUGCCAGAGCGACUUUUGAACGCACGAGGAAACUGAACGAGGAGCUGAAGGAUGCCCCGGAUGAUAAAGUGUAUCGUGGGAUGAGUACCUAUGGUCAGUUUAAGGACAUCAAGGACAACGCGAAAGGAAGCGCAGGCAACAAACUCAACUCGGUGGGACCCAUUAGAGCGCCGCAGAAUGUGCGAGCAACUGUGAGAUGGGAUUACCAACCGGACAUUUGCAAGGAUUACAAGGAAACUGGAUUUUGCGGGUUUGGAGACAGUUGCAAGUUUCUCCACGAUCGAUCCGAUUACAAGCACGGCUGGCAAAUUGAGCGAGAACUGGAAGAAGGUCGUUACGGAGCCGAUGACGACGAUGCGUCACGUUACGAAGUUGCCAGUGACAACGACGACGAUUUUCCCUUCAAGUGUAUCAUUUGCAGAGGAUCAUUCAAGCAUCCGGUCGUGACCAGGUGUAAACACUAUUUUUGUGAAAAGUGCGCUUUGGAACGGUACAAGAAGUCGCAGAGGUGUUUUGCUUGUGGAGCCCAAACGUCGGGAGUGUUCAAUCCAGCCAAGAAGUUGAUUGAGCGACUGAAGAACGAGCCGGAACAAAAAUCAUCUGAUGAUGAUGAUGAUGAAGAUGACGUGGACGAGGAUGCUGCUGUUGAUCAAGAGGAAAAAAGCUAA